AAUUGUUGUAACAGUAGUAUUUAUUUUGAGCUUUCCAUUUUUCUCUCUUUUUCAACUUUCAAUUCAAGCAGCUUUGGAAAAACCAACCAGCCAACGGAUUUUUUCACCUUCUGAAAUUUGUAAGUUGCUUUGCUUUGAAUUUUCAGAAGAACAAUUUUUUUUCUCCUAUUUUUUUUCUUUGUUAUUUUAUAUUUUCACUUUCUGGGGUGAGUUCAAUGAAGAGUUAAUGAGUUCUGGUUGAGCUGGAAAAGAAAUCUGAAUACAAGUUUUCAGCUUUAGAAGAAGCUUGUUCAAGUGUGGAAUCACAGUGACAGGUGUUGGUUUGGUAAUAUAGAGUUGGGAGCGAUAGUUCAAUAUUUGCAUGGAAGCAAGAGAAGGUAUUAGUUCUGGGGUUACAGUGAUAGGGGCAGAAGCUCCAUCGGCUUAUCACGUGGCGCCGAGGAGUGAAGCUCCAAACCAGGUUCAUGUUCCUGAUGCUGCUGCUGCUGCUGCAGCAGCAGCAGCAGGUGUUGGUGUCUCACCUGUGAGUGUAGGGUUGGAUGGAACAGCAGUUAAGAAGAAACGUGGUAGGCCAAGGAAGUAUGGGCCAGAUGGUUCUGUCACCAUGGCAUUGUCGCCGAUGCCAAUCUCGUCUUCAGCUCCGGCUUCUAAUGACUUUUCAUCCGGGAAGCGAGGGAAGAUGCGGGGGAUGGAAUAUAAGCAGUCCAAAAAAAUUGGAUUGGAUUAUCUAGGUGACUUGAAUGCAUGCUCAGAUGGUACAAACUUUAUGCCACAUAUCAUAACUGUCAAUGCUGGUGAGGACAUCACAAUGAAGGUGAUAUCCUUUUCUCAACAAGGGCCUCGAGCUAUAUGCAUCUUAUCUGCUAAUGGUGUAAUUUCGAAUGUUACACUUCGUCAGCCUGAUUCUUCUGGGGGUACUUUGACCUAUGAGGGACGUUUUGAGAUACUUUCCUUGUCUGGAUCAUUCAUGCCUACUGAUAACCAAGGAACAAGAAGCAGGUCAGGUGGGAUGUCUGUCUCAUUGGCAAGCCCUGAUGGCCGCGUUGUAGGUGGUGGAGUUGCUGGUCUUCUUAUAGCUGCUAGUCCUGUGCAGGUGGUGGUGGGAAGUUUUCUACCAACCAGCCAGCAAGAUCAGAAACUGAAGAAGCCCAAGCCUACUGAUUAUGCACCUCCAACUGUUACUCCAGCCAUUGCAGUGUCUUCUGCACCCCCACCACCACCUAAUACUGAAAAAGAAGAUAUCAAUGUCAUUGGUGGAGCACAUGUACUGCAAAAUUCUGGAUCCCUUAACUCAAACCUCACUCCUCCUAAUGCCUUUAGAAGAGACAACUGGGUCAACAUGCACUCUAUGCCAGACUCAAGAAAGUCAGCUACUGAUAUUAACAUAUCUUUGCCUGAUAGUUAAGUUGAUGAGCAACAUAUGCAGUCUUUGUCCUCAAGUCUUGCUGACACCAUUCGUGACUGAGAUGUUUACAAUGUUCUCUGUUGUCAAAAGAUUGUUUCAAACUUGUUGCCUGAUGUCUAUUACCAUAGGAUUAGUUUCAGUGUUGUAAGUUGCAACUAGGUAGAGUAUCUGAUUUAUCGGCUGAUUAGGUAGAUGCUGCUGCACUAUGAUGCAGUAUUAUGAGUAGGCUAAUUCGGAUGUAAUGAGAACUUGUUUGCCUAUUUAUUUGACUGAAUUU